UUUUUAGUAUGCGGGAAACGGAAAAGACCUUGUUCUGUGUAUUGUGGAACAGACCUUGUUGUGUGGAUUGUGAUUUUAAUAUACAACAAAUUAAAUUGCGACGUUGCCACAAAUAAUUCGAUUUUGAUCUUGAUCAACAAAUUUGAACUUUUGGACAUACGAGGUGCUACGAAUUGUAUGGUAUCCACAUUGUGCAUUGUGCAACUAUUCUUAAUUUAUUCUGACAAAAUGUAUGAUUGCAACCAGAAAAACAAACAAAGAGGAUAUAGAUUCUAACCCUAAAUUGUAACCGUUUGGUAGAGUUUACGUUUAGUGUAGCAUUUUACAUAUUAAUGUUUUUAUUAAAGUGAAUGCAGUAUAUUUAUAAACUUAAACAUGCCGGGAUGGUAUUACGAUAAAAAAGAACUAAAAAACACGCCGUCAGCUCAAGAUGGUAUUGACUACCAAACAGAAAUGCGCUACCGCAAAGAAGGGGCCCGUUUCAUUAUUGACACCGGCAUCAAAAUGGACUUGGGAUACAGCACGUCAGCUACGGGUGUCGUAUAUUUUCACAGGUUUUACAUGUUCCACUCCUUCAAGCAGUUCCCUCGAUACGUAACUGCCUGUUGCUGUUUGUUUUUGGCUGGCAAAGUAGAGGAGACUCCUAAGAAAUGCAAAGAUAUAAUUAAGACUGCCAGAGGGCUGCUGACUGACCAAAAAUUCAAUACAUUUGGAGAUGAUCCCAAAGAAGAAGUUAUGACUUUGGAGAGAAUAUUAUUGCAAACCAUCAAGUUUGAUUUGCAAGUGGAACAUCCCUAUGCCUACCUGUUAAAAUACGCAAAAUGCCUGAAGGGGGACAAAGUCAAACUGAACAAGAUGGUGCAGAUGGCUUGGACUUUUGUUAACGAUAGUUUAUGUACCACUUUGGCUCUGCAAUGGGAGCCUGAAAUCAUAGCUGUUGCUUUGAUGUAUUUGGCAGGAAAAUUGAGUCAAUUUGAUGUUAUUGAUUGGACUGGAAGGACUGCAAAGCAUUUGAGGUGGUGGGAAAUGUUUGUUGAGGAUGUUACAAUGGAUCUGUUGGAAGAUAUUUGCCAUCAGGUCUUGGAUCUUUAUUCCCAAACUCCAAGCCAAUCAAAUGAAAGCCCGCCCCAAAACCAACCUCGCUUAAACCCACCCCCCAGCAGCAGCGUCGCACGCCCCUCCAACGGCCAAAAUAACCCCGUAUCUCCGGAUCAACCGCCCCCAAUGCAUAGUAGCAUUCCACCACCAUCAGACGUGCCAACAUACAUCUACGGUACAUUUACCGGCGCGCCGCCCCCAGUGCCCGGUUUUCCAGGGUUUUCGGCUCCCCCGAUGUCUGCUCCACCUGUGCCCCCUCACAUGGCAGCGCCGCCACCGGGACCGCCUCCAAACAUAGCCGCGCCGCCCCCAGUUUUUCCGUUCGUCAAUCACCCGCCGCCGUUUGCACCACCCGGCGUUCCUCCAGGUGCUAAUUAUUAUCAGCCACCUAACCCGCCACACAGACAGUUUUAUCCCCCUCCAUAAUAGUCUUAGGAUGUGUUUUUGUAGACUGCACAUGUUUUAUUUGGCCCAAAUAAUUUGGGUAUAAAAGAAAAAAGAAGCUUUGCUUUUUAAUAUUUUUAAAGUUUUAUUACCCUUAUUAUAAAUAUAAAUUAUAUACCUAACAGUUUUUUUAUUCUUAUUUUUAUAACUGUCUACAUUGAGUAAAACAAACUAAUUUAGUGGAAAUUAUAAUUUUGGUUAUGUUAUACAUAUGUUUAUAAAUUUUGAAAUGUGAAAUACCUAUAAGUUAAAAAUUAAAUAACUUUACCUUUAAUGAAAUAUAGGUGACUUUAGAGCAUUCCCAG